AUGGCAGACGUAGAUGUCAAGGAGGAGCGCGAUGAGAGGAGAGAUAGGGGUGGAAACCGUGGGAACCAGAAAAGGCGCCGUGAUGAUGACGGAGACAACCACUAUCGCGGCGAUGACCGCCGUGGACCUCAGCGACGUCGCCACGAUGACGGCCCUCCCCGCCGCCGAUACGAAGAGCCGCCGUUCCCCAAGCUGCGCCGACUCCUACUGAACAUUGCCAGUUCCACCAAACUGCCCCAAGAUGAGGCUAUUGAGAUCGCAAAGUACUUUGGGGAACAAUUUGACGAUGAGCGCCUCAGGUCCGACUUCUUCGACGUCUUUGUUCAGCUUAUCAUCGAGCAGCCGUUCAAGAUCCCUUUCGUCGCAGCGGUAGCUCUCUACGGAAAUGAUGUCAAGCCUGAGAUCACAAUCGAAGCCAUGAAGCGUGUUGGAGAACGCGCGCAAGAGGCACUGAACGCUGGCGAGUGGAAGGAGUUCAAACUGCUGCUGCGCUUCUUUGCUUGUCUGCAGUCGCUUUAUCAGGACGACGGCGUCUUUACAUUCUUGGGACAGCUAUUCGACACGGUCGUUGAUCUUCAGAGUGCAAACGAAAAUGAUGUUGUUGGCAUCGAGCUCGUCAAGAUCAUCCUUCUCACCAUACCCUACGCCCUAGUCGCCGGUGGAAGCCGCUUCCAUGAGCAAGCACAGCAAUUGCUCAAGAACACCGGCAUCGUUGCUGGAAACGCGGUUCCUAUCGAGAGCCUCAUCCAUUCAUACGUUGGCGAUUUCGAAUCGAAGCCAGUGGAGUACCACAGUGUGAUCGGUCUCCUCCAGACACAGCUCUCAAACGAGUCGGAAAACGGAUUCGAACUUAGGUGCCUUCCGCGAUUCGAUCCUGAAGCCCUACGUAGGGCCACAGCAGAAGAGGAUGCCUUGCCCACCGCGCCACAGACACACGCCUUCCCGACUUUCACCAUCCCAUCACCUGUCAAUCCUGGCCCGAGACCCGUCUUCCCCGAAGCGUACUUCUCUCUCUUCGCAGAUCAGGAAGUCGACACUGUUCCCAAGACCUCUGACAUUGCCUCAUCUCUCGUUCGAGAUGCUAUUGUUGACACGAUCAAUCAGCUAGACUUCAACCGCGAGAUGGUUGCCAAGUUCCUUGUAGAUGUGGACUGCUAUUGGUCUAUUGACAUCUUUGCAAAGCGUGGCACACCAUUCGACAAGUUCCGCGAGUCAGUAGGUGACAAGAUUCAGUACAAGUCCGAAGACAUGAUCAUCGACGCAAUCUACUCGCAACUGUUCAAGCUUCCCAGUGCGGAGCAUAAGCUCGUCUACUACCACGCCCUUAUUACACAGUGCUGCAAAGUCGCCCCUGCUGCAAUUGCCCCUUCGCUGGGCCGAGCUAUUCGCACGAUCUACAAAAAUCUGCCCAUGAUGGAUCUCGAGCUGGGAUAUCGAUUCCUGGACUGGUUCUCGCAUCACCUUAGUAACUUCGAGUUUCGGUGGAGAUGGUCGGAAUGGCUUGAUAACCUUGACCUUUCGAAUCUGCACCCAAACAAGGCUUUUAUUCUUGCCGUGCUCGACAAGGAAAUCCGUCUAUCUUUCGCGAAGCGUAUUCGAUCAACCCUCCCUGAACCCAUGCAUUCGUUGAUCCCGGAACGACUUGAUGCCGAUAACAGCCCCGACUUCAAGUACGACAAUCAACAAACACCGUAUGCUGCUGAAGGCCAGACCCUGCUUGCCCAGCUUAGAAAGAAGGCCCCCGCAGAAGAUAUUCAGGUGACCAUCGACAAAAUCCACGUGCAGGCGCUUGAGCAGGGCAUCUCAGAGGUUCUUGUACCUUCCACCGAUGCCUUUGUCACGGCUAUCUGCCGCCUUGGUGCCAAAUCGCUAUCCCACGUCCUGUCCUGCAUCGAGCGAGGCAAAGACCGCUUGCUGGAAAUCUCCCAGAACGAAGUAGCCCGCCGUCAGAUCGUGGCAAGCGUGGUCGAGUAUUGGAAAGACCAGCCCGGUGUUGCUGUUAGGAUUAUCGACAUUCUACUUAACUACACCAUCCUUGCACCGAUGACCGUGGUCCAGUGGGUGUUUGGCAGCCACAUGGGUGCCGGCGAGGCGCUGACUGAGAGCUGGGUCUUCGAAAUGGUCUCCAACACUGUUGCCAAGGUUACGAACCGUAACCGCCAGAUAGCCUCAGCGCGUCUGCAGAAGGGACUGCCACAGGAGCAGAUUGAGAUGGUAGAAGCCACGCUCGCCAAGGACCGAGACAAUGCGCGCGAACUAUUCAAGUACAUUGAAGACUGUAUGCGAGGUGUUGCAGAGGGCGCUGCGGAUGGACUGCUGGAGAAGCAGACCAAUGGUGCGCUGACGGAGGAUGAAGCCCAGCUCAUCAAGGCUUGGGGCAAGCGCUGGCAUACUGUUUUUAUCCGCAAAGGACAGGUGGAAGAGUCGGUCGUUGGCGAGGAGGCGGUUGAGGCGAGGAUCAGACUCCUGGCUGCAGAGCCGGAUGCUGUGGUUGACGAGAUGGAAGAUGUAGAUGAAGUGAAGGAGGCGACGAAUGGAGAGGCGCAGAUGAGUCUCCCCUAG